AUGGCAGCCUGUGUGAAGACCAGUAAGUCCCAAGUCAUCUUUAAGAAGGUCUCUCGGGACAAGUCGGUGACUAUCUACCUGGGGAAGAGAGACUAUGUUGACCAUGUCAGCCAAAUAGAGCCUAGCGUUAAAGCCAGCGCCUGGUUUUCUCGAUCUCACUCUGCUGGUUUUCUCUCCUUCGGUUUAGAUGGUGUUGUAUUGGUGGAUCCCGAGCUUGUGAAGGGGAAGAAAGUGUAUGUCACUCUGACUUGUGCCUUCCGCUACGGCCAGGAGGACAUUGACGUGAUUGGCCUGACCUUCCGCAGGGACCUGUACUUUUCUCGGGUCCAGGUCUACCCUCCCGUUGGGGCCAUGAGUGCCCCUACCCACCUCCAGGAGAGCCUGCUCAAGAAACUGGGAGACAAUACAUACCCAUUUCUGCUCACGUUUCCUGACUACCUACCCUGUUCAGUGAUGUUGCAGCCAGCUCCACAAGACGUAGGGAAGAGCUGUGGGGUCGACUUUGAGGUCAAAGCAUUUGCCACAGACAUCACAGAUGGUGAAGAGGACAAGAUCCCCAAGAAGAGCUCUGUGCGGUUGCUGAUCCGGAAAGUGCAGCAUGCCCCUCCUGAGAUGGGCCCCCAGCCCUGUGCUGAGGCAUCCUGGCAGUUCUUCAUGUCUGACAAGCCUCUGAACCUCUCAGUCUCCCUCAGCAAAGAGAUAUAUUUCCAUGGGGAACCCAUCCCUGUGACUGUGACAGUGACCAACAACACAGAGAAGACUGUGAAGAAGAUUAAAGUAUUAGUGGAACAAGUAGCCAAUGUGGUUCUCUACUCAAGUGAUUAUUACGUCAAACCUGUGGCCGCGGAGGAAGCACAAGAAAAAGUGCAGCCAAACAGCACUUUGACCAAGACACUAGUGCUGGUGCCCUUGCUGGCUAACAACAGAGAGAGAAGAGGCCUUGCGCUGGACGGGAGGAUCAAGCAUGAGGACACAAACCUGGCCUCCAGCACCAUCAUCAAGGAGGGCAUCGACCGGACUGUCAUGGGCAUCCUGGUGUCAUACCAUAUCAAGGUGAAGCUCACGGUGUCAGGCUUUCUUGGAGAGCUCACAUCCAGUGAAGUGGCCACUGAGGUGCCAUUUCGCCUCAUGCACCCACAGCCAGAGGACCCAGCAAAGGAAAGUAUUCAGGAUGAAAAUUUGGUUUUUGAGGAGUUUGCUCGCCAAAAUCUGCAAGAUGCUGGAGAGAACACAGAAGGGAAGAAAGACGAGGAGGCGGGCCAGGAUGAGUGA